AUGUCUAUUCUCUCGAGAUAUUCUUUGCGCCAAAACCGCGGGUUCUUGGGCUCGGACAGUUCUGCUCUGCCAUCGCAGGAUGCGCAGGAUCGUCAACAAUUGCGCUACGAGCUUGACCUGAACUCAUGGAACUUUCGCAUCUGGGGUGUUUGUGCCUCUGGCUUUUUAACAGAUUCCUAUAAUCUCUUCUCGACAAAUGUGAUCCUCGCUUCUAUCGCAUUUGUAUACUGGCCCAAUGGCCCGGAAUGGUCGGGUCUACUCAUCAACUUCUUUACACUCUUGGGCUCCGUUGUUGGUCAGAUCCUCUUUGGCUACCUUGCGGAUCGCUAUGGCCGAACUCGCCUCUACGGCGUUGAGCUCGUCCUGGUCAUUGUUUCCACGAUUGGAGUCGCCACUAGCAGUCAUGGCUACAAUGAUCUUUCCUUCCUCGGUCUGUUCAUUUGGUGGCGUUUUGUCAUGGGCAUUGGAAUAGGGGCUGAAUAUCCGCUCAGCGCCGUCAUCACAUCGGAAUGGUCCAGUACACAAUCUCGCGCUACUAUGCUCUCGUCCGUUUUCAUGAUGCAGCCCAUCGGCCAAGCGCUGGCCCAGUUGGUCGGUCUGUUUGUCCUCCUCGGCUUCGAGCGAAGCCAUAACCUCCAGGGAAUGCGCUGCGGGCUCGACAGACUGCAUGAAGAGGAAUGCAAAAAGGCAUUGGACGGCGUCUGGCGCAUUGUGAUCGGGUCAGGUGCCGUCCCUGCACUGCUCGCCAUCAUCUUCCGCUUCUUCCUGUUCGACUGUGGUAUUUACAGCCUUGAGGUCAGGAACAAACCGAGGAUGGCUCUAGCGAAUACCCAAAGAAUCUACGGUGCCCCGCAAGGUGCUGGGCUAGAAGCAUUCCCCAGCGGAGGUGUCAACGGGCGCUCCAUGAAUGGCGGUGUUGGCGGACAAAACUCGUUCCCGAUGAACCAAUUUGUUCGAGGUCAAGCACCAGCAACAUAUCAGACUACCUCCCCCGAUGGGAACCACCAUGUCGCACCUUCGUAUCGCACAAAUGGCCUUGCAGAUGGGAUGCAUCUUGCGAGUAGCUCGCAGCAGCCGAUGCCGGUGCAGUUUUCGAGGGAGGACCUCCACAACUACUUCAUCCGCGACGGGAACUGGGCAUAUCUACUGGGCACGGCGGCAACGUGGUUUUUCUUGGACGUCUCGUUCUAUGGCAUGAGCCUCGAUAAUAGAGGCACUCUGUCGACGAUGUGGGCGACUACCACGCCGACCAAGAUUGACGACUCCCUCGAGUGUUGGACAUCAUCGCUUCGCGGGGGGAAUUCGACAGUACCGGAUUGGGCCACCGAUGGACUUCCAGUUUGGUCGACCGACGCGACGCACCCCUGCAACACCAUCUACGACGUGCUUAUCGAGCAGACAAAGCAGUAUCUCUUGACCGUCUCGCUUGCAUCCAUUGCGGGCAGCGCUUGUUUCGUCUUAUUUGCCAACCGCAUCCCACGACGUCAGUGGCUCACAGCAUCCUUCCUCGUUCUCGCUGGGUUCUUCGUCAUCACUGGAUGCGUCUACUACGGCGUCCAUCAGCAAAAAGGUGCUCCGGCCACAGUGGUGUUUGUAGCCAUCUGCCACUUCAUGUUCAACUUUGGUGCCAAUACAUUAACAUUUAUCAUACCAGCCGAAAUCUUCCCCACCUGUUAUCGUUGUCUGUGCCACGGAAUCUCUGCUGCUGCAGGGAAGCUAGGCAGUCUCGUUGCUGUUCUAGUGGUAUACGGAAUAAACCAGUCAUAUCAAGCAGAGAACAGACAAGGACUCAUCUUUCUCCUAUUUGGGUCUGUGGCUGCUGUGGGUGCCCUCUUCUCCUGGGCAUACCUACCCGAUUCCCAACGUCGCGUCGAGUACGAUGGUAAGAGUUAUCUCGAGUCCAAAACGCUCGAGGAGCUUGGUGAAGGAAGAGUCAAAGCACGACUUGGGGGCGAGCUGGUGACGAUAGAAGAGAAGUGGGAUGCUAUCAAGAGGAGGAAGAGAGGAUCCAUGAGAAGCGACCCUUCUGUGCCAGAUGGUACUAUAUAG